AUGGUUAGCUCGCAGAUGGAAAAUCGAAUGAAAGAUUCCAUCCAACAUGACAACUACAUUGCACCCGACAACAACAAGGGUAACCUUUCCAAACUCGCCGAUGAAUUUCCUUCCGGAUCUGAUGUCACGAUUUCCACCUUUGAGAUGGAUGUCUCCAAUGUCCAAGACUGGGACCGAAUACAGCGCGACGUUCUUGCUCUCCAUCCCGGCGGUGUCGACUUGCUCAUGUUAAAUGCGGGAGGCAGCUUCAAACCUGCUGCGGGAAAAACCAACUGGAGGGACCCUGAGUACUUUCAGAAAACAUUUGCCGUCAAUACCUUUGGGUACAUAAAUGGAAUUGCGGCUUUCAUCGACAGCAUCACAAGCAAUAAAACCGAUAAGCGCGUCAUAAUCUUGACGGGCUCUAAACAGGGAAUUACCAAUCCGCCCGGAAACCCGGCAUACAAUGCCUCGAAAAGCGCAGUGAAAACUAUAGCCGAGCAUUUGUCUUUUGAUUUGCAUGUUAGCAAUCCAAAUGUCAGUGUCCACUUCUUGAUCCCCGGUUGGACCUACACAGGCCUCAUGACUGCACAUUUCCCUACAAAGCCAGACGGUGCCUGGGCUCCGGAAGAGGUUGUCGAGUUUAUGAGCCAGAAAAUGGCAGCUGGACAGUUUUAUAUAUUGUGUCCGGAUAAUGAUGUCACGGAAGACUUGGAUCGUAGAAGGAUCACAUGGGGAUAUGGAGAUAUUAUUUAUGGACGCCCUGCCUUGUCCCGGUGGCGCGAGGAUUGGAAGAGCAAAGCGGCAGAUGGCAUUGAUGCUAUAAAAUUACCCCCGCAAUGAUUUUAAAUGUGGGAAUCAGACCAAAAGUAUCGCAUUAUGCCCGGGCUAUAUUCAAAAGGUGUCUAUAUCACAUGUGAGAUACGUUGAAUAUAUAAUU